CUCAGCCCCGUCUCCUCCUCUUGCUCCCUCGGCCGGGCGGCGGUGACUGUGCACCGACGUCGGCGCGGGCUGCACCGCCGCGUCCGCCCGCCCGCCAGCAUGGCCACCACAGCCACCUGCACCCGCUUCACCGACGACUAUCAGCUCUUCGAGGAGCUCGGCAAGGGUGCUUUCUCUGUGGUCCGCAGGUGUGUGAAGAAAACCUCCACGCAAGAGUACGCAGCAAAAAUCAUCAACACCAAGAAGUUAUCUGCCCGGGAUCACCAGAAACUAGAACGUGAGGCCCGGAUAUGCCGACUUUUGAAACAUCCAAACAUUGUGCGCCUCCAUGACAGUAUUUCUGAAGAAGGGUUUCACUACCUCGUGUUUGACCUUGUUACCGGCGGGGAGCUGUUUGAAGACAUCGUGGCCAGAGAGUACUACAGUGAAGCUGAUGCCAGCCACUGUAUACAUCAGAUUCUGGAGAGUGUUAACCACAUCCACCAGCAUGACAUCGUCCACAGGGACCUGAAGCCUGAGAACCUGCUGCUGGCGAGUAAAUGCAAGGGUGCCGCCGUCAAGCUGGCCGAUUUUGGCCUAGCCAUCGAAGUACAGGGAGAGCAGCAGGCUUGGUUUGGUUUUGCUGGCACCCCAGGUUACUUGUCCCCUGAGGUCCUGAGGAAAGAUCCCUAUGGAAAGCCUGUGGAUAUCUGGGCCUGCGGGGUCAUCCUGUAUAUCCUCCUGGUGGGAUACCCUCCCUUCUGGGAUGAGGAUCAGCACAAGUUAUAUCAACAAAUCAAGGCUGGGGCCUAUGAUUUCCCAUCGCCAGAGUGGGACACAGUGACUCCUGAAGCCAAGAACUUGAUCAACCAGAUGCUGACCAUAAACCCUGCAAAGCGCAUCACAGCUGACCAGGCUCUCAAGCAUCCAUGGGUCUGUCAACGAUCCACAGUGGCAUCCAUGAUGCAUCGUCAAGAGACUGUGGAGUGCUUGCGCAAGUUCAACGCUCGGAGAAAACUGAAGGGUGCCAUCCUCACGACCAUGCUUGUCUCCAGAAACUUUUCAGCUGCCAAAAGCCUACUGAACAAGAAGUCGGAUGGCGGUGUCAAGCCACAGAGCAACAACAAAAACAGUCUCGUAAGCCCAGCCCAAGAGCCCGCGCCCUUGCAGACGGCCAUGGAGCCACAAACCACCGUGGUACACAACGCUACAGAUGGGAUCAAGGGCUCCACAGAGAGCUGCAACACCACCACAGAAGAUGAAGACCUCAAAGUGCGAAAACAGGAGAUCAUUAAGAUCACAGAACAACUGAUUGAGGCCAUCAACAAUGGGGACUUUGAAGCCUACACGAAGAUUUGCGAUCCAGGCCUCACUUCCUUUGAGCCUGAGGCCCUUGGUAACCUCGUGGAGGGGAUGGAUUUCCAUAAGUUUUACUUUGAGAAUCUUCUGUCCAAGAACAGCAAGCCCAUCCACACCACCAUCCUGAACCCGCACGUCCACGUGAUCGGGGAGGACGCAGCUUGCAUCGCCUACAUCCGCCUCACCCAGUACAUCGAUGGGCAGGGUCGGCCUCGCACCAGCCAGUCGGAGGAGACCCGGGUCUGGCACCGCCGGGAUGGGGCAUUAGGAGAUCCCAGCCGGAGGUCAAACCUUCGCAGCCAGAGGCUCUGGAGGGCCUGAGUGACAGCGGCAGUCCUGUUCGUUUGAGGUUUAAACAAUUAAAUUACAAAGCGGCAGCAGCCAAUGCACGCCCCUGCAUGCAGCCCUCCCGCCCGCCCUUCGUGUCUGUCUCUGCUGUACCGAGGUGUUUUUUACAUUUAAGAAAAAAAAGAAAAAAGAUUGUUUAAAAAAAAAAUGGAAUCCAUACCAUGAUGCGUUUUAAAACCACCGAUAGCCCUUGGGCUGGGAAGAAGGCAGGAGUUUGUGUGACACCCAUCCUGGCGUGAGCAGCCGGCUCACCCACCCAGCCCUGAAGAGGUGAGCUCGGCCUCUGGCCUCCGUGGACUCAGGGGACCAGGCAAGAACUCUUGACGGAGCUUUGGGGGCUGUGAUGUGAUUGCAGCCCCUGAGGUGGCCUGCCUGCCCCAGGUCUAGGAAUGGACUUCUUCUGAACUUGCAUAGCGCCUAGAAUGAGGCUGAUGAGAACAUCGUGGCCAUCAGACCUACUUGGAAGAGAACACAGAGCUCCCAGCCUGCUGUGGAGGCAGCUGAGAAGCAGUGGCCUCGGGACUGAGGGCCUGGACGUUGCUGUACUGUUCCAUUUAGCGUAGAAGGGAAGAGAAUUGGUGCUGCAGAAGUGUGUCCGCUACAAAGCUGAUGAGAAACCUCCUGUUAGUCUGACACGUACUCAACUUACUCAUCCAUUUCUAUAGGAUGCACAAUGCACGUGGGCCCUGAUAUUGAGGCCCAAUACCUGCAGCUGGGAAGAGGGAGGGGUUGCUGCUUUGCUUUGUGUUUGUUUUCUUAUAACUUAGCAAGGAGAGAGCCAGGCCCUGAUCAGGGCUCCCCUUGCUGCCUUUGGCAGUUCUGUUUUUGUGCUGAUUUGGACCAUCUUCGUCUUGCCUUUUCAUGGUGGUGGUCCCCGUGCUGACCCCCAUCUGGGCCUGGGCCCUCUGCCAAGUGCCCCUGUGGGAUGGGAGGAUGAGGCAGCAGGAUUGAGCUGAUGGUUGUUUCUAUGCAUUCAGGCUGCCCUCAGGACUGCCUCCCUUCUUACUCUUCCCUUGCUGCACGUCCAUCUCUUUUCCUGUCUUUGAGAUUGACCUGACUGCUCUGGCAAGAAGAGGUGUUCUCUUUAAAGAGGCCUCUCUACUGACCAACUGAAGUAUAUGACUUACUGCUGGACAAUCUGCAUGGGCAUCACCCCCCCCACACCACCUGCAUGUACCCAAAAGAGGUGUCCAGAGCCAAGGCUCCUACAUUCAUUGUCCCUCUCUGUGCUCAUGGAGUUCCAUUCCAGGAGGGAAAGAUCUAUACUGUAAGCAGAUAGCAGAGAAGAUAAUGGAGGAGCAAUUGGUCAUGGCCUUGGUUUCCCCAAAACAACUGUGCAGACUUACCUGCACAAAUAUCUGCACUAUUGGGGGAAAGGUGGGUAAACCCUAGCUUCCUGGACUACCUUCAGGAGGCACAGGAGCUGGGAGAAGAGGCAAAGCUACAGGUUUACCUUGGAGCCAGCUGAGAAGAGAGCAGACACACAGGUGCUGGUGCUUGGGUUCAGCCAGGCUCCUCUGAGCACCUCAUGCAUGCCUCAGCCCCUGGGCCUAGCCCUUUCUUGCCCUGCAGCCUGCAGUACCAGCACGCAGACGCCUUCACCACCGGGUUUGGUUUUGCUGGCUUGAAGACAAAUGGUCUUAGAGUUCAUUAAGACCCAUAGCUUCAUAUGGCUGCUCCAGCCCCACUUCUUAGCAUUCUUACUCCUGUUCUGGGGCUAAUGUCAGCAUCUAUAGACAAUAGACUAUUAAAAAAAAAAAAAAAAAUCACCUUUUAAACAGGAAAUGGAAGGCAUUUGAUGCAGAAUUUUUGCAUGAUGACAUAGAAAUAAUUUAAAAAUAGUUAGUGUUUGUUCUGAAUGUUGGUAGACCCUUCCUAGCUUUGUUACAAUGAAACCUUGAACUGAAGAUAUUUAAUAAAAUAACCUUUAAA